CUCUAUAUACAUCUAAUUGUUAGACUGCUGGAUUUGUUCCCAGUGUUGAUCACAAAGCACACUAUAGAUGCUGUCUACUUUACUGGAAAAUGAUUUGUUUCAAAGUAAAAUGACUUCCAGGUGUAAAAAGAUGGUUCCUGCAUCCAAGAGAUUUACCAUACACCGUUCUUCCAACGUUCUCACAAUAUCACUGAAAAGAUUUGCAGAUUUCACAGAUGGAAAGAUAAACAAGGAAGUAAAAUAUCCUGAGUAUUUGGACCUUCGAGCCUACAUGUCUCAAUCAAGUGGAGAACCACUCCUCUACGCCUUAUAUGCGGUGCUGGUGCAUCAUGGUAUCAACUGUCGCUCAGGACACUAUGUAUGCUACAUAAAGGUAGAAGUCAACAUCAUUUCUAACAGGGUAAAGGUUGUGCUGGCAAACCAGUUACAGUGUUACUAGUAGUACUGUUCCUAGGAAAAAAGAUUUUCUGAAAUAAUCCCAAACUUGAAAAUGGGAUCUUGUAUAAAAUCUUAAGCUGUGAUUGACUCUCUGCUUAACAGAGGCCAAACGUGUACCUACUGAGGAGCUAGGUGAUAAGUGUUUUUGUACACUUAUAAGUGGUCAUUUUGUAAAGAGACUGCUGAAAAUUCUGAACAGUGCUGCUGCAGAACUCUGAAUGGGGGGAUAGCAACUGUCUUAACUGAUCUGGAAUCUUGAGUUUACUUUUCAGUGGACAGGAGGAGAGUCUCUCAAGGCAAACAGAGAGAGAAAUAACACCCGAUACUCAUGUCAACAUGAAUUUAUGCUCAGAGUGUAGGUGUAGGAACAGCAUCGGUAUGUAUAUGGAACAUCGGGAGAGGAAACUAUAUCGGUAUUUACAGUUUUUCUACUUCCUUGUCAGAGAGACGUUAUCUCCAAAUUAGAAAUUGUUGUCUUUUGAAUAAGGGGUGGUGGAUCGGAUUUAUUCUUACUAGUGUUAAUAUUUGCUCUUGAAUAGUACUUAAUAUCUGGUAAUGCAUCAAUCAAUCGUCAAAAAUAAACUUAAAAAUGUGUAAGGCUUAUCUCGUUGGUCGAUACAAAGAUCAAGGUCUUUUCUCUUUUCUCUUUUUUUUUUUUUCCCAGUAUUGUUUUUCUGUUUUCCUUCUCACUGCAGUCUUGAUUUUGUUUCUUGUCACUUAAGUAUGUUUUCAAUGUGUCGUUGAAACAUUUUCCCUUUCAAUCCGAAAAAAGGAGCUGUCACUGGUGUCUGCAAGUUGAAGACUGGAGCUUAUCUGAAAAUCACUGAGCCCAAGAGCUGUCACCUUAGUCUUCCAAUAGGACAAGGAUGUCUUCAUUUCUCAGUUAAAUGCAUUUUUCAGGUAACUGAAGUAAUCUCUGAAGAAGACAGUUCACUAUCGAAAGGCAAGUUUUAUUUUUAAACAUUUUCUACAUUUUAUACCUAGCCACAACUUAACA